CUUCAUUCGCUUCUUUAGUCCAGAGCAUCAUUUUUACCAACACAUUUCUAUGCUUUUCUUGCACAUUAGGACCCCAUGGCUCUAGACUAUUCAAAGUUCCCAGUCAAAACUGGUGAAUUGCGUCUAGUGUCACUCGACAGUUGGGCUUCAGAUAUCACCAAAGCAGAAUGGAAGCUAAGAGUAGUAAGCUUGCAUGAUCCAUUGACACGCUACCACGCUCUUUCAUAUAGAUGGGGAGCGCCAAUCAACGAGGAGCCUUUCAAAUCAUAUACAAACGAGCUUGUCGCGCCUAUCAAAAUUGGCAAUGGGGAACUUAAGGUUGCUAGAAACCUGCUGGACUUCCUAGUCCAGGUGAAGGAAGACCAAAGGUUGAAAGAUAAGGAGUUCUGGAUCGACGCGAUAUGCAUAAAUCAGAAUGAUAACGAUGAGAGGAGUUACCAAGUCAGCAGCAUGAUGGCUGAGAUCUACAGAAGAGCAAAUCCUGUCAUUGCAUGGCUUGGGGACUCGGAUGCGCAUACGAAGCGAGCUUUCGAUCACAUGGCUAAGGUAGCUGAUCGGAACAUCCUUCCAUCCUUGGGUAUACCAACUAGGCAAACAGGUUCUGAGCAUUCUGAUGAAGACGAGGCCUGUUGGGAGGCCAUUGGGAAGAUUUUCGAUCGUACCUACUGGAACAGAUCAUGGAUCAUCCAAGAACUCGUACUCCCGGAGCACGUAACUCUCCGCUGCGGAGCGUACUCAACAGAUUGGGAUGUAUUCGUGAAGGCCUCACAUAACAUAGCAACAAGCCCUUUGAAGCAGUUCUACGAUAGUCGACCCGCCGAGGGAACGUCAUCUUCCACCAGCAGCUUGAAAGCGUCCCGUAACUACGGAGUGCCGGCGAUUCUCAAGGCAACGAAAUCAACUAUGACCACAGAGCACUGGGCCAAUGUGCUAUUAUACACGCUGAUACGAUCCCGUGACUGCGAGGCUACAGAGCUUGGGGACAAAGCGUACGCUCUGCUGGGUCUUAUCCAAGGUCGUGAAGGUAUUGAACAGUUGCCGCCAUUGCUGUGCCCGACAUAUGGAAAGGAUUGCAGUCCUGGAAAGACGUACCUCGACAUCGCCACUCAACUUCUCACGGACUGUGAGGAUCUGCUCGUCCUUUCUUGCGCAGAGGGUUUUCGCAAUGUUAAGUUGAACGGCGCAGACCUUCCCUCCUGGGUUCCUGACUGGAGUGUCAGAUAUCCUCUUGGUCUCAGAGUCACAGGAUAUAAGAGAUAUCAAGCAGAUUCAAUCUUCUUUUCGCCGGACACGAAUUUCUCACGUGAAGAGAAGCUCACCCUUUGGCCUGCUACAUUCGACAAGAAUGAGCUUACUAUGACUAUCCGCGGAAUGCAAGUGGACAAGAUCUCUUUCGUUGCAGAGUCAAAGCGCGAUGUUGUGAAUUGCAAACCUUUUCCAAGAUUCUUGGAUAUGUUACUGAGGCUGCCUGAAAAGUAUGGAGUCACUGGCGAAGGUCGAAUGGAGGUUUUCUGGCGAACGGUGACUAAGAAUACUUAUGGAGAGGCCAGACCUUCCUCCGCCAAAAGGAUCAUCAAUGGGGCCUGGUUUCACAAAAUGGAUAAAAGAGAGAAUGCAGAAGCUUUCAAUAAGUUCUGGCCCCAUGAUGCAGAAUGGCUGGCCACCACGAAAGGAUGCGAGUCUGUCUCAUCGAUGGAGUUUGGCUCGCAAUUUGCGUAUGGGGAGUACCUUCGACCCUUCGUAACAGAGAAAGGGUACGUCGGACUUGGCUCACAGAAUUUGCAGAAGGGAGAUACAGUCUGGGUGGUGCCACGAUCACGGGUGCUUUUGAUAUUCAGGCAUUUGGGCGAGUUUGAUCCACAAGCGGAUCACCAUUGCCAGUUGAUAGGAGGGGCCUAUCUCCACGGGUUCAUGGAUGGUAGCUGGCGGGGAAAGAAAGCAACGAAAGAUGACACGCAAGCUAUCAUAAUUCACUGA